AGAGGCGCCAAACUCCUCUUGAUUUGAAAAACAAAGCCCAUUAUUUAACGGUCGUCAAAAUUUUGAAUUUUGAACCACAUUAAAUGCCAUACACAUAUAUAUGACAAACCAGGACAGUUACAGAACAAGAACAUUUCUCUCUCAAAUUCCACCGAGACCCAUAAAACCCUAACCCGAGAGAUCCCAAAAAGAUGGGUACGGAUGUUUCUAUGGAUUCAGCCAUUUGUGUUGCGGGUUCCAGAUUUAUUAGGGCAGGAUUCUUGGCCACGAAUUGCACAGACAAUCUUGUGAUAUUCGUAAAUUCUGGUGGAGAAGCACUUGAGAAUGAAGAUUCAAAUUUUCAUGUCAAGCCUGAUAUCUUUUUCCAAGGAGGGGAUGUUUUGAGAACAGAUGAACCUGUGAUUGAUGGAGGCAAUUUCCCAUCCAUUUAUCAGUCAGCACGGUUUGGGAACUUCUGUUACCAGUUUGAAAACCUAUCUCCUGGAGACUAUUUUGUUGAUCUUCAUUUUGCAGAAAUUGUAAAUACAAAUGGCCCCAAAGGAAUGCGAGUCUUUGAUGUCUUCAUACAAGAAGAGAAGGUGCUGUCUGAGCUUGAUAUCUAUUCUAUUGUCAGAGCCAAUAAGCCAUUACAGUUGGUAGAUGUCAGAGUUUCUGUGACCAAAGAUGGGAUGAUUACAGUGAGUUUUGAAGGAGUUCAUGGAAGCCCAGUGAUCAAUGGGAUAUGUAUUCGGCGGGCACCACCAUUAGCUGCAUCCGAAGUGAAACAUGGGUCUAUUGCAUGCAACAACUGUGCUGCAGAGAUAGAAUUAUCUUCAGCUCAGAGCAAACUCAUCAGAAUGAAGUUUGCAGCCAAGUAUGAAAAGAAAAUAGAAGAGCUGAGUGGCCAAUGUCAGCUCAAGUCAGACGAAUGCUAUGAGGCCUGGAUGUCAUUGACAGCUGCAAAUAAGCAGCUAGAGGAUGUUAGGGCGGAACUUGACAAAAGGAUAUUCCAAAAUUAUUAUCAAGAUCAAGCUAUGGAAAAACAAGCUGAAAAGUUGAGGGAUGCUUCUAAUAUGUAUGAACACGAUAAGAAGUUCUGGGUUGCAUCUAUUAAUGAAUUAGAAAGUAAAAUAAAGAAUAUGAAGCGAGAGCAUUCUCAACUCUCUUGUGAAGCACAUAAAUCUGCUAAUUCAAUUCCUGAUUUGAAUAAGAUGAUAAUUGCAGUUCAAGCAAUUGCAGUUGCAGAGUGUGAUGAUCUUAAAUUGAAGUACAGCGAGGAGCAGGAAAAGAGGAAGAAGCUUUAUAACCAAAUUCAAGAAGCAAAAGGCAAUAUCAGGGUCUUUUGUAGGUGUCGCCCACUUAGUAAGGAAGAGGUAGCGUCUGGUCAUGCCACAAUUGUAGAUUUCACUGCAGCCAAGGAUGGAGAGCUUGCAAUGCUCACAGGUGGUUCCACAAAGAAAAUCUUCAAAUUUGACCGGGUUUACACACCAAAUGAUGAUCAAGUUGACAUCUCUGCGGAUGCCUCACCUAUGGUAAUUUCGGUGCUAGAUGGCUACAAUGUCUGUAUAUUUGCAUAUGGGCAAACAGGGACAGGAAAAACCUUCACAAUGGAAGGUACCAAUAAGAACCGAGGAGUCAAUUAUAGGACUUUGGAGCAGUUGUUUAAGAUUGCAGAGGAAAGGAAAGAAAUUUUUAAAUAUACAAUAUCUGUUAGCGUGCUUGAAGUCUACAAUGAGCAAAUCAGGGACCUGCUUGCCACUUCGCCAACAUCAAAGAAGUUAGAGAUAAGGCAAGCAACUGAAGGGGUCCAUCAUGUACCAGGGAUUGUGGAAGCCAAAGUUGAGAACAUUAAGGAGGUCUGGGAUGUUCUGCAAGCUGGAAGCAAUGGAAGGGCUGUAGGAUCAAACAAUGUGAAUGAACACAGUAGCCGAUCCCACUGUAUGCUCUGCAUAAUGGUAAGAGCAAAGAAUUUGAUGAAUGGUGAGUGCACAAAUAGCAAGCUAUGGCUGGUGGAUUUGGCAGGCAGUGAGAGGCUAGCUAAAACUGAGGUGCAGGGAGAACGGCUUAAGGAAGCUCAAAACAUUAAUCGAUCACUUUCAGCUCUUGGAGAUGUAAUAUCUGCUUUAGCAACCAAAAGCAGUCAUGUACCAUACAGGAAUUCCAAGCUCACACAUUUACUACAAGAUUCAUUAGGGGGUGAUUCAAAAACUUUGAUGUUUGUGCAAAUCAGUCCUUCAGAACAGGACUUGGGUGAAACUCUAAGUUCAUUAAACUUUGCAACUCGAGUUCGAGGGGUGGAGUUAGGUCCUGCCAAGAAGCAGAUUGAUAUGGGUGAGCUUCAAAGGAUGAAAAUGAUGCUUGAUAGAGUAAAGCAAGAAUCCAACUCAAAAGAUGAGGCUUUGCGGAAAUUAGAAGAGAACUUUCAGAAUUUGGAAGGUAAGGCCAAAAGCAGGGAUCAGAUUUACAGGAAUCAAAAGGAAAAGGUUAAUGAACUUGAACUCCAGCUUGAGUCAAAGACAGAGUCAUGUAGACAGCUGGAGAAGCAGUUAUUGCAACUCUCAGAGGAAGUGAAGAAGAAGGAGGAAAUUGGCUUGACGCUCCAGCAAAAGGUCAAGGAACUAGAGAACAAAGUGAAAGAGCACGAGCUUGAGGAGUCCAAGACACACAAGGUCAAGGAGCUUGAAAACAAGUUGAAAGAGAGGACACAAGAUUUUGAACUUCAUACCAGUAUCCUUAAACAAAAGAUUAAGGAGCUUGAAAGCAAACUGGUAAUGCAAGGCGAAAGCUUAGGAUUCCAGUCACUCGAGAAAAAGAACAAGGGGCUUGAAGAAAAGUUGAGACAGCCAACACCAGGUUCUGCUGAGCGGCCAAGAGUUACCCCUAAUGAACAAAAAGCCUGGUCAAGAACAGGAACCAUGUGCGGCACAGAUCCCCAAAGUCUAAGGAGCUUAAACUCUAGUAAUGGAGCAAUGAGCCAGUCUGGCUUGCUUAAAGGAGCUGAUUCACUCCGAGAAUUAAGGAGGAAAAGAGAGUUGCAAAGUAAAGGGAUUGAGAACAAUUUCCUACUGUCAGCUUCUCUAAUUGAGCAUAAGACCACCCUGCAGAAAGAAUCAAAUAAGGGUAGACAUAUCGACCCAUCAAAAGCACUGGCCAGGGUUACAAGAAUUACAAAACUAGCGACUGCUCAAAGACCCUUAUCUAAUAACAGAAUCAACAGAGAACAACAGGCCACAGGAGUCAAGGAGAGGGACAAUCGAACAAGGGUUUGGUCAAGAUAGUACAGUGAAUUGGAAGAAAAUGGUCCUUAUGCCAGGCCAUCUUAUUAAAGGGAUAUCACUAGGGCAUUUACCCAGAAGUAUAGCCAGCUAAAUUCUAAGAGCACACGGUGACUCUUAAUACUUCACCUAAAAUCAUUUUCAAUUUGUAGGGCUUGAAUGUUAACAAUUUUUUACAGUUACCAAAGUAACAUUGGAUUCAUUCCUUGGAUAAGCAUGCCAAUCCUCCUAAAGAAGGUGGAUGCCAGAUAUUAUCAAACUUUCUUUA